GCCGCCUGAUGGUCGUCAUCCAGAAUAAUACUGUACAGCUGCUGCAUAAAUCUGUGAGAGACUUCCUGCUUGGUCCUUCAAGUGGGCUUCCUAUAAACGAAUCGAAAGCUCACGCCUCAAUGGCGAACCGAUGCAUCAACUUUCUUCAGAGAACCUUUCGGCAGGGAGGAAAGUCGGAACCGCGUCACAAAACAGACCGAUUUCUCGAAUAUGCGCUACUACACUGGACGCAGCACGCUUCUUCGGCGCACAAUGACUUCUCUGUCGUCCGGGAAACUGAAAAAAAGCUUUUUCCGAUUUGCGUCCAAGGAACGAGAAACUUGGUUGAGAAGGUAUAGAGAUAUGCGACCUUUUGAAAGGAUCCCAGAGGGAUUCUCCGUCUUCCACGUGGCUGCGCGGUGGGGAAUUGCUUCUUUAGUACAUUUCGCGUUAAGUGAGAUAUCGGGAUGCGACGAUAUGCAGAGUACUCGGGAUAAUGAUCGGGAUAUCCGUAGGUAUGACGAUUCAGAGUUCGUCGCGGCGAACCGUGUCACACCCCUAGAGGAGGCGGCUAGAGAAGGGCGAGCAGAUAUCAUACAUGUUCUGUUGAAAAACGCGCUGCCUGCAAUGGUGAUAAGAACGGAGGUGGUUGUAGCAGCAGCAGCGAAUCAACAGAGUUCCAAAGUAUUGGCGUUGCUCCUGAACGAACGAGGAGACCAGAUCAAGGUCACUGAGGCUGUGGUCAAAGGCGCAGCAGGGAAUAGGGAAAAUGGGGAGGAAGUGAUGGAGCUGCUCCUGGACCAACGAGGACAUCAGAUCGGGAUCACUGAAGACGUGGUCAAAGCAGCAGCAGGAAAUCAAACAAAGGGGAAGGAAGUGAUGGACCUGCUCCUGGACCGACGAGGAGUCGAGGUCCCGGUCACUGAGGAUGUGGUCAAAGCCGCAGCAGAGAAUAGGGGAGGGAAGGAAGUGAUGGAACUCCUCCUGGACCAACGAGGAGACCAGAUCCAUAUCACUGAGGAUGUGGUCAAAGCUGCUGCAGGAAACCAAAUGAAGGGGAGGGAAAUGAUGGCACUGCUCCUGGACCGCCGAGGACACGAGACUCAGACUACUGAGGAUGUUGCCAAAGUCGCAGCCGGGAACAGGGGAAAUGGAGAGGAAGUGAUGGCACUGCUCCUGGACCGGCAAGGAGACCAGAUCCAGGUCACUAAGGGUGUGAUCAAAGCCGCAGCAGGAAAUGGAAGGAAAGGGAAGGAAGUGAUGGCGCUGCUCUUGGGGCACUUGGGGCGCCAGAUUCAAAUCGAGCAUCAUGAAUUACAAACAGCCUCUUGGAAGCGCAAUAUAGAGAAGGUGGAGCAGCUUCUUGCAAAUGGAGCCAAUGCUGCUUCUGCAAAUCGCUGCGGUUGGGCACCACUACAUGCAGCAUCUUGGAACGGUGAUAUCCAGGUUGCCAGACUGCUUCUCGCUAAAGGCGCCCAUCCCACUGCCAAAAGUAAUAUUGGCUGGACGCCCUUGGACGCGGCAUUAGCCAAUGGCCGCGUUGAUACCGUUCGACUUCUUCUUCCACAUGACCCUGACGCUGCCGCGAACUUCACUCCGACAUGUUUUAGUGAUCUUAGAAAGUCAGGUGUCCUAGAGCUGGACGGUGAAAAAUUGGAGGUGAGGUAUGUUAGAUUACCAAAUAAAGGGAGGGCAGCUCCAGGGCCUCCAGUUGUGUUUGGCUCAGUGCUUGCAAACAAACCCAUUUCUCCUUUGGAAGAUGUCUUUUACUUUGAGAUUGAGGUAAUCAGUUCAGGUCACAAUGGCGCGAUAGCAUUAGGUGUCUGUAGGGAAAACUCUGUACUAGAGCGAAUGCCCGGAUGGGAAGAAACGUCAUGGGGCUAUCAUGGAGACGAUGGAAAGAAAUUUCAUUCUGCCUCACAAGGCCAGCCCUACGCAGAGAAAUUCGGAGAUGGGGACAGAAUAGGCUGCCGCCUCGAGAUGUCCAGUGGAAAGCUAGAGUUUUUUAAGAAUGGCCGAGCGCUUGGGGUUGCGUUUACAAAUGUCCAUGGCUUUGUAUUCCCGGUGGUAGGCAUUGGCUCGUAUGGUGCCCAAUUCGGGUUGAUUUCAGGCCGCAUGCAGAGAGCUGGAGCGGACAGUCCGAAGUAUAGCGAAGCCAGUUGCUUGCGCGUGUAUUAUUGCGGAUUACGAGGAGGUUUAGCGGGACUUGCCAGAUUUCGAGCCUGACGAGGCACUUAUGGAAGGUCUUCCAGCCGUUGACGAACCAUUGUGCAUAUACACUGGUCAGAGGUACUCGGACAGCGUGCGGCAAGCACUUUGGCAUGACUUGUUCGACUCCGCAGACACGCAUAUCCCUCACGACAGACCAUCAAACGU